UUUGAGUAGAAUGGGUCAAGUGGUGUCUACCAAUGAUUUUGAGUACAAGUACGAUGACGAACCGCACGCAACUAGAAGAAAAGAGAUAUUAGCAAAGCACCCAGAGAUGAAGAAUCUGUUUGGAGCAGAUCCGUACAUGAAAUGGCUCGUUCCCCUGAUAGUAAUCUUCCAACUAGUAACUGCAUUCUACGUCAUUCAGCUGCCCGGAUGGGCUAUCUUAUUUCUAGCCUGGGCGCUUGCCGGAACAAUUAAUCACAACCUUUCUCUGGCAAUGCACGAAAUAUCUCACAACCUCGCUUAUGGUCACUCAUCUCCAAUGAUGAACCGUUUCAUAGGAUUCGUAGCUAACAUACCGUUGUGUGUACCUUCCUCCAUCACCUUCAAGAAGUAUCACCUGGAUCACCAUCGUUACCAAGGUGACAACACCCUUGAUGUGGACAUUCCUUCUCAUCUAGAGGGUUACUUUUUCUACAACACCUUCACCAAGCUGAUCUGGGUGUUCCUCCAGCCUCUAUUCUACACAAUCCGACCUCUCUUCAUCCACCCCAAACCUGUAGAAACUCUGGAGAUUGCUAACACUAUAUGGACAAUUGGCUGGAACUAUCUUAUCUACAACUUCAUUGGAGGUUGGGCGUUGGCGUAUCUAGCCGGAGGAACCCUCCUAGGAAUGGGCCUUCACCCAAUGGCUGGACACUUCAUCAGCGAGCACUACACCUUCAAGAAGGGACAGGAGACCUACUCUUACUACGGACCCCUCAACUAUCUCGCCUGGAAUGUUGGGUAUCACAACGAGCACCAUGACUUCCCUUAUGUAUCUUGGAGCAGACUACCAAAAGUAAAGGAGAUAGCUCCAGAGUACUACGAGAUGCCUAGUUACGACUCCUGGAGCGGGGUUAUCUACAAGUACAUCACCGACCCUGAGAUUGGACCUUACAGCAGAAUCAAACGUGGCAUUCCUGCUGCUACUGUAUCUACUGGAGAGGAGAAGAAAGUCGAAUAAACACGUGGUUGCACUGUCGAUGUUAAAACGCCUCGCACGAGACGAGUGCAGCACUCUAAAGAAGAGUGCAGCACUCUAAAGAAGAGUGCUCACUAUGUUGAACUCGUGUUUCCCAGCUCAGGACAAUCUGUGACCGUCCUGUACUUUAUAAUGACCCGGAUAAAGUUGGCCGGGAAAACGAGGAGUGUUUAACAUUUUCAAUUGUCGUUGUUACUUAAUUUAUGUGAAUUGCAUGUGUACUUUUUAUUUCAUAACAUACUUGUUUAAUAAGUUCUACAUUUAGGGAAAUAUUACAUCGUGUCUCGUUACCUGGGGACCUCAGGCUAUCAUGGUAGAGAUUAGGCGGAAUGACAGGCUGAGCGCGGCCCAGUAACGUGUCUCGUGGCUCCCUUAGAUUAUUUAUUGAAUUUAAUUAAUUUUUAAGAUCUCAUAGACUUCGAAGCUUUAACUCAGGAGCCAGAUUACAUCAUCUCCAGUGGUCUACCAUUCAUAAUACUUUCUAUAAAUUAAUUGAAUCUGCCGAUUUUGUAUAUUAAUGCUUUAAUGCUGGUUGAUUUAUUUGAAUAAAAGUUAUAGAUAUCGGUAGAAAUAUUACUUUCACAAAUGAUUGUUAACGAUUAAGUAAUUGAUUAUGAUUCAUAGAUGUUAAUAUUUAAUUAAGGGUAAGGGACAGCCGAAUUAUCAGCUUUUGUAAUUUACAAGGAUUUUAUGUUGGUUGUUGGCACGUACAGCUAACUCUGUGUCUUGAAGAUGAUAUUAUACCUCAAUUUUGUAGAUUUUACUAUUCGAGUCAUUUCUUUGUUUUAAA